AUGGAAGCUGUAGCUGGGAAGGUAAUUGACGUUAUAGAGAAGGCGGCUACAUUUUUCAUAAGGAACAUUAAAAGUUGCAUAAACUUUGGUAAGGGUUUGGAAAAACUGGAGCGAAAUGUAAAGCGAUUAUCAGAUAAAGCAGGCGAUUUGAAGACAGAUGUCGAGAAUCAAGAGCGAUUGGGGAGGAAGAAGAGGAAACAACAAGUUAAAUCUUGGCUUAACGAGGUUGAACAGCUCGAAGAAGAAUUACGUCAGUUUAAAGCAGAAGCAACAAGAGGGGAGAAAAUAGAGGUGCAACCAGUUCAUGACGAAAAGUCAAAACAGAAUUUAGAAGUGGUUUGGACGUGGCUACACGAUGAGGAUGUCUCAAGCAUCGGUAUAUAUGGUAUGGGAGGGGUUGGUAAAACCACUUUGGCAAAGCAUACAUAUAAUCGUCUUCUUGAAGAGAGUUGUUAUCAAGUCUAUUGGGUUACUGUCUCUCAAUGGUUUACCAUCGAAGGACUACAAGACGAUUUUGCCAAAAUUGUGAAGCUGAACCUAUGA